AUGACCUUCUUGCCAGAUGUGUAUUUGAUGGGUUACACGACUGCAGAAGCAGGGCAGUCGCUAAGGGAUCGAGGGGAGAAAGAGAAGGCCAAGGCGAAAGCUGCAGCCCAGACGGAGAAGAAGCAGAAGGCAGCCGCCGCUAAGAAGGCAAAGGCAGCACCCAAGAAAGUGAAGAAGCCAGUAAAGAAGACUACUGAGAAGAAAGAGAAGAAAAAGACGCCGAAGAAGAAAGUCCCUUCCAAGAAAUCGACACCCAAGAAGGUGGUAGCCAAGAAGCCAAAGGCUUCGAACCCCAAGUAG